AUGCCCGGUGACUCUGUGAUACUUGAAUAUCUUUCUAUAUUCAUAGCACCUCAAGGUAGAGGUGUGCUGCGGGCCGCACACCCAUUGCCCGGCCUCGAUUUACGAUGUAAUUGGGCCAAGCGCGGUGGCAGCCAAGCCGGCCAAGAGGAGCCUCCCUCCCAUCCACCCCCAUGGUCACCACCACCACCACCACCCAUUUGGCAUCCCACCCCCCAGACGUCGGGAAAUGAGAUGGCAUACGAGGUCUGGACCGUCGAACGGGCUCCGUUUCUCUCUUUGGUUCAUAUUUCCUUCUCCUGGUCAGGGGAUGUCACGUCCCCGCUGAAGAAGCGAGAGGAGACUGGAGAAAGAGUGGGUAUUGGGAGAAGCUUGGACCCGAGUAAGAGAACUCGCAACAUGAUCUGGAAACUGGUGACGGGAACAGACGGCUUCGUGUUCGGUGUCGCGCCGUCGGACGCCGUUGUUCGGCAGGCUUGGGAUGUGUGUGAACUCAUUCGCUCACUGGUACGGAGUAGUUGUGCGCGAUUUCAUACGGAGGCAAAGACUUCUGGAAACCCCGAUCGUGUUACCUCCGUCUGGACACAAACGAUCUCUCCAAUGCAGACUCAUCAGCGGAGCGAAUCCAGGUACGCGACGAAUCAUGAGGUUGCUGUACCUGGCGCUAGACGUAAGACGGGCAAACAGAGUUCAACGGCACAGGUCACCGACCGGAUCAGGAAGACGGCGAGGAAAAAAAUCUUGGAAGGGGGUGAGCUGAGAGUGGAGAACGCGCGUCCGUUGUUUAUUCUGGUUUAUGCAUGUUCAUCCCAUUCGUUCAGAGAAAAGUCUGAUUUGUUUACUUUGGCAUUGUGUUGGAAAGGCGAGUGGCAGUGCAAUUGCGGCGGCCACAGGCCUGACCUGACCUUGUUGGUGAUCAUCCAAGAAUUCAAGAUGCAGGGCCGGGUUUGCGUGCCUAGUGCAUACUUCAAUCUCGUUCGGGUAUUUUUGGCAACUCUGUAUUUCGGGGCGCGGCGGGACGAGACUUUUGACGUUUCUGCGGGCCUUGUGCUCGUGAUGCAAUUGCACUCCUUUGCAUUGUUUAUGCCGGACAGCGGCACGAUGAACAUUAUACCACCGUUUCGACUUUUGCAUGUUUUAUGCCAAGACAUUUCCCCUAAUUUGUGCAUUUGGCACGUUGUGAACCGGCUGCGGUUUGGCGGGCACAUUGGCGGAAAGUAUCCCCCAUCCGUCGGGUCUCAGCCGCAACGGACCAACGGCUUUAUGAGCCAACAGUUCAACAUGUACGUGAGGAUAUCGCGAUAUCCAACAGGUGAUGGUGGCGCAUUCUCACGCAGCCUGCUGCGUUCGCGAUACACAGAAUGUACUACAGAGGCCGCCCGCUGGCAUGAACGUAGCCCUUUGGCACCGCGACGUCGCGCCCAGGUUCUUCCCAGGACGGCCGCGGGCCUCGACGGGAUGCCGAAGCUUCUUCCCGCGCGCUUCCGGAGCCGCCGCGUCAACGCCAUCGUCUCGGCAGUGUCAUCUCCUACGGAAAGGCUACGGUACACACUUUUCGCAUUGCAUGUUCACAUGCUUCCCCGGCUCUCACCGGCAUCCGCAAUCGCAUCGAGGACCUUCCUCGGAGCGAGCAUCGUCACGGAAGGGUGGCCGAGUUGGUUAUGGCGCCAGGUUAAGGUCAGCUUAACAUCUGUUUCCUGGUGGGGCAACCCGCGCGAGUUCGAGUCUCGUCCCUUUCAUUUUGCGUUUUUUGGCAUUGAUUAUUACAUGUGGCAUGUGACUUCGCGUUUUGUCUUGCGGUUGACUGGCCGUUAUGAUGGCAAAAUAUUUGACCAGGUUUUGCGCCUCAGCGCCGGCAACUCCAAGACGAUAAUGAUCAACCUUGACCUUGAUACCCGCAGUCAUCAUUCCCAAUCACCCCUUCGAGACCUGUCAUCGCCCUUCAUCCCCUUCAGUUUGUUCAGCUUCAGUGCCCGGCCUGGAUGA